CGUCAGAGGACACGCAAGUAUGUCAGUUAACCUUGCCAACGCCGACCUCUAUGUAAUCACAUUUCCAAUACUGUAUAGACGGGAGCCCAUCAAAGAUCCACAGGCGACGCAUCAUGAUGAUGCAACGCAAACUUCUUCUGUAAUAUUCUGCGGCUUCUACGGUGAUGCACAUAAAGCACCCGUCUGAUUUGAAUGGAGUCAGCUUGGAAUUCAUUCGUCGAACCGAUCUGACCUAUUCUUGUGCCGGAUACCACUACUUCUCCGCGUGCCAUAACCUCCUCCUUACACUGGCAUGGCCGACUCUGACUAUUCGCUGAGGAAUCAAGAUAGCAGUGGUACACUGGCAGAGGGUAAAGACUCAGAAAUUAAAGUUGUAGAGUCUUCGGACUUGCAGAGCAACCGCUUUGACCAUGGGAUCCGUGCGUGGGGAACUGUCGUAGGAUCAUGGCUGGUGCAGUUUUGUAUCAUUGGUAUCCCUCUAUCGUUUGGCGUCACGGAAAGCUUCUAUGCCAGAGAGUAUCUCGCGGCGUACACCCCGUCUCAGAUUAACUGGAUAGGAUCACUACAGUUUUGUCUCAUGUACCUCCUAGGCUUAGCGGUCGCAGGACUAUUCGAUGCUGGGCAUUUUCACCUCAUAUCCAUCGCCGGGUCUGUUCUAUUCCUUUUCAGCUUUUUCAUGUUAUCGCUGGCCAGGGAAGGGCAGUAUUAUCAAGUAUUUUUAUCGCAAGGACUCGGGAUGGGGAUUGCGACAGGCAUUAUGUACACGCCGACCUCUUCUGUGGUUGCUCACCACUUUAGAAAACGAAGGAGUAUGGCCAUGGGAAUUAUCACGACCGGUAGCGCCAUUGGAGGCUUCUUUUUCUCUUCAAUAUUGGGCCACUUUUUGGAUGGAUCCAUUGGAUUUGCAUGGGGCAUUCGAAUUGCAGCGUUCGUGUGUCUGGGAUGCUUAUGCACCGCAAAUCUGUUGAUGCGAACAAACUAUCCUCGGAGUCAAACCGCUCGGCCAGCCCUGUCGACGCCCUUGGCGACGCUCCUCAGGACACCCUCCUACAUAUUCAUGAUCCUUUAUGGUUUUAUGAUUUCUCUCGCCCUGUAUAACCCUAUGUUUUCAGUGGAACUGUUUGCUCAGGAGCAUAACAAUAUACCGAGUACCCUGACGAGCUACCUGGUGGCUAUUAUCAAUCUCAGCAGUACACUAGGACGCACUAUCCCAAAUUGGCUGGCCGACCGCUAUGGUGUAUUUCCUGUGUACAUUCCGUGCGUUGCCGCUGCUGGUGUCCUGGCGCUAGUUAUGAUGGUCUGCACAACCGCAGCAUCGAUUACCGUCUUUUGCAUCCUGUAUGGUUUCUUUUCGGGCGCUUGCGUAUCGCUCUUCUUCCCUGCCGUACUGUCUCUCGAUCCGGACCUGACCCAUUCUGGCCUUCGACUUGGUCUCGCAUCCGUCCCCGUCGGUAUUGCUUCCCUCGUGGGCACACCGAUUGCAGCGGCAGUUGUAGGCGAAAACUAUAAAUGGUGGGCUGGGAGCGUCUUCACUGGGGUCUUGGAACUCGCGUCGGCGGGACUGUUAUUGGCGGUAUAUAUUACAAAACCACAGUUUUCCGUUCCAGCUUGAAUUCGACAAGAUUCUAUGUCGCCUAGUACUAUACCCUUGAAUACAUAGAUUAGUUGCCCUCAGUAUACCAGACAUAGCGAAGUAGGCCGCCGCAGGGGGAAGUCCGAAGUCCACGCGCUAGGUAAUCCUUAUUCACAGGGAUUCUGUAUCAAGAAACGUUUUUUUCAGGUGCUUCGCUUCAAGU